AUGGGCGAUAAUCCUUCAGAGGCUGAAGCUGCCAAAGAACAAAAGAGGAAAGACCGUGGAGCCCGCGAGAGUAAAACUAUAACUGUAGAGACAUAUGCUAGUGUUCUCAUUGGUAACAAUACUGACACAGGCAUUUUACCGACAAGCUCCAGAAGAUCUCCUCCAGAAAACAUUUGUUGUGGUGAUGAAGAUUCAAUUAGUUUUUUCUGUGGCAAUCCCUUGGUUGAAGUUACCAAAGGAGUACUCCAUAUAUACAAAGAAAAUGAAUUGAAGGAGACAGAAGAAGCGAAGACACUCUGCCUGCUCUCAGUGCCUGGAGCUUUAGGCGCGCCAGACCUUCUCGCUUUUGCCGCAGCCUGCCAGCAAGACAUUGCACAUGUUAGAGUUUUGAGAGAUGGCUCGCCAGAUCAUUACAUGGCAUUACUUACAUUUCGGACGUCAGCCGCCGCCCGAGAGUUCCACUCGGCUUUCGACGGCGUCCCAUACAGUACCCUGGAGCCAAAUGCUCUCUGCCACAUGGCCUGGGUGUCACGCGUAGAGUGGGCAAGGGAUGGCACCCCACCACCUUCCCAUACCGAGCUACCCACUUGUCCAGUCUGUUUGGAGCGCAUGGACGAGAGCGUGGCGGGCGUGCUGAGCGUGCAGUGCGCGCACGCCUUCCACGCGGAGUGCCUGGUGCGGUGGCGGGACGCGCGCUGCCCCGUGUGCCGGUGCGCGCAGACCCCCGAGCCGCGGGGCGGCGCGCGCUGCGACCAGUGCGCCGAGGGCGGGGGCGGGGGCGGCGGCGGGGGCGGAGGGGCCGAGGGGGCGGAGCCCGACGCGGGCGCGCCCGAGGGGCUGCCCGACGGACUGGCGCCCGGCGCGCUCUGGAUCUGCCUCAUCUGCGGCCACGUCGGCUGCGGCAGGUACGAGGGUGGCCACGCGGCGAAACACUUCCUGGCGUCGAACCAUACGUACGCCCUCCAGCUGGGCUCCAAUCGAGUUUGGGACUAUGCAGGCGACAACUUCGUCCACCGCCUCGUGCAGAACAAGACUGACGGCAAACUGGUGGCCGCCGAGGGCGGCCUGGCCUCAGAGGACUCCGCGUGUGGGGGGGAGAAGCUGGACUCGGCCCAGCUGGAGUUCACCUACAUACUGACACAGCAGCUCGACAGCCAACGCAUGUUCUACGAGGAUAAGAUCACCAAGCUGGAGCGCUUGCGCAGUGGCGAGUGCGAAGCCCUGCGGGAGCGCGCGCGGAAGGCGGAGCGCGAGGCGGAGGAGCUGCGCGGGCAGCUGCACAAAAGCCAGCGCGACCAGCAGGCGCUGGACCGCCGCCUGCACCACCUCACCGCCAAGCUGUCGACGCUGCAGGGCGAGCUGAACGAGGAGCGGGGCCUGGCGGCGGCGCUGGCCGGCAGCCAGGCGCAGUGGCAGGAGCAGGCGCGCCUCAAGGAGGAGGCCUUCCUCAAAGAGGUGGCCGAGCUGAAGGAGCAGCUGCGCGACGUGAUGUUCUUCGUGGAGGCGCGCGGGCGGCUGCAGAGGGCGGAGGGCGCCUCCCAGGAGGAGAUCGCCGCGGCCAGCGUGAGCGUGGCGCCCGCCAAGCCGCGCCGCCGCCGCCGC